AUGAUUGAUCCAAGAGAGUGUUUUAUGGUAUAUAUUUGAUAUGCUAGAAAAACAAAAUAGGACACUAGGGAAUGAAAACGAAUAUGAAGUAUAGGCUGACGAUUUUUGUUAAUGUAAAGGUAAAACUGAUAAUGGUUUGAGUGGCUACUUAAUUAAGGAGUUCUCUUAAAAUUUUGAUCAAAUAUUGGUUGGCGUCUCAUGGCGUCUCCAAAAUAGCAUAAAAGCUAUUAAUUGA